AUGCAGGCCGGCCGUCCAUGCUACCUCCACGAUUCGCUUGGCCGUUUGAAUGUAUAUCCCAAGCUCACGGUCACCCACACAGCCAUAUGCGAAUACGACACACAACCAGCAGCACCAGCGAGCCCAAUGGACCACGCACAGGACGAGCUGAGCCUCGAACUCACCCUGGCCGCCGCGGUCGUGGCGCCGGUGCCCGGCUUCUUCCUAUGUGUCUACUGCCACCGCAAGUUCCGCACCUCGCAGGCGCUCGGCGGCCACCAAAACGCGCACAAGGAAGAGCGUGCCGCUAAGCGCCGCCGGGACACUGCAGCCCCGACUGCGCACGCUUGGAAGCCAGGGAGGUCUGUGGCCGCUCUAUGGGUGUCCGAGGAGCCAGCAGCAGAAGGUGGCAUGGCGCACAAGCGCAGCAUGAGCUCGUCGGAGCGCGACCAUGAGCUCGACUUGUCCCUCCGGCUAUAA